UAGCUCGGUCCGGUCAUGGAGGCGCCCGCCGUCCGUCUGCUCCUGCUCCUGCUCCUGUUGCUCGGGGCCUGGGCCCCGGCGCCAGGCGGCGCCGCCCCGGAGGCACCGCCGUUGGUCAACGAGGACGUGAAGCGCACGGUGGAUCUCAGCAGCCACUUGGCCAAGGUGACAGCCGAAGUGGUCCUGGCGCACCCGGGCGGCGGCUCCGCGUCCCGCGCCGUCUCCUUCCUGCUGGCCCUGGAGCCCGAGCUCGAGGCCCGGCUGGCGCACCUCAGCGUGCAGGUGAAGGGAGAAGAUGAGGAAGAGAACAAUCUGGAAGUACGAGAAACCAAAAUGAAGGGUAAAAGUGGGAGAUUCUUCAUGGUCAAGCUCCCAGUUGCCCUGGAUCCUGGGGCCAAGAUUUCAGUCAUUGUGGAAACAGUCUAUACCCAUGUGCUUCAGCCGUAUCCAACCCAGAUCACCCAGUCAGAGAAACAGUUUGUGGUGUUUGAGGGGAACCAUUAUUUCUACUCUCCCUAUCCAACGAAGACACAGACAAUGCGUGUGAAGCUUGCCUCCCGAAAUGUAGAGAGCUAUACCAAGUUGGGGAACCCCACACGCUCUGAGGACCUGCUGGAUUAUGGACCUUUCAGAGAUGCCCCUGCCUUUAGUCAGGAUACUUUUAAAGUACAUUAUGAGAACAACAGCCCCUUCCUGACUAUCACUAGCAUGACACGAGUCAUCGAGGUCUCUCACUGGGGUAAUAUUGCUGUGGAAGAAAACGUGGACUUGAAACACACGGGGGCUGUGCUGAAGGGGCCUUUUUCGCGCUAUGAUUACCAGAGACAGCCAGACAGUGGAAUAUCCUCCAUCCGUUCUUUUAAGACCAUCCUCCCUGCUGCUGCCCAGGAUGUUUAUUACCGGGAUGAGAUUGGCAAUGUUUCCACCAGCCACCUCCUUAUUUUGGAUGACUCCGUAGAGAUGGAAAUUCGGCCUCGCUUCCCUCUUUUUGGAGGGUGGAAGACCCACUACAUUGUUGGCUACAACCUCCCAAGCUAUGAGUACCUCUAUAAUUUGGGUGACCAGUAUGCACUGAAGAUGAGGUUUGUGGACCAUGUGUUUGAUGAGCAAGUGAUAGAUUCUCUGACGGUGAAGAUCAUCUUGCCUGAAGGGGCCAAGAACAUCCAGGUUGACAGUCCCUAUGAAAUCAGCCGGGCCCCAGAUGAGCUGCACUACACCUACCUGGACACAUUUGGCCGCCCUGUGAUUGUUGCCUACAAGAAAAAUCUGGUAGAACAGCACAUUCAGGACAUCGUGGUCCACUACACGUUCAAUAAGGUGCUCAUGCUGCAGGAGCCCCUGCUGGUGGUGGCUGCUUUUUACAUCUUGUUCUUCACCGUCAUCAUCUACGUCAGGCUGGACUUUUCCAUCACAAAGGAUCCAGCCGCGGAAGCCAGGAUGAAGGUGGCCUGCAUCACAGAGCAGGUCUUGACCCUGGUCAACAAAAGAAUAGGUCUCUAUCGUCACUUUGAUGAGACCAUCAAUAGGUACAAGCAGUCCCGGGACGUGUCUACCCUCAACAGCAGCAAGAAGAGUCUGGAGACCGAACACAAGGCCUUGACAAGUGAGAUUGCAUUGCUGCAGUCCAGGCUGAAGACAGAGGGCUCUGACCUGUGUGACAAAGUGAGUGAAAUGCAGAAACUGGACGCACAGGUCAAGGAGCUGGCACUGAAGUCAGCAGUAGAAGCUGAGCGGCUAGUGGCCGGCAAGCUCAAGAAGGACACGUACCUCGAGAAUGAGAAGCUCAUCUCUGGAAAGCGACAGGAGCUGGUCGCCAAGAUCGACCACAUCCUGGAUGCCCUGUAGCCCUUGCCUGUCGUCCGCAGUGGGCCCAGGGUGCUGCGCUUGCAGAUGGCGGGGGGGCCGGGGAAGGGGGCUAAUGUUGAACAUGGAGGCCAGCAAAUGCUGGCAUCUGUAUUUUGCAAAAGGCCUUCAAGGAAAAGAAACCAGGCCUGGCUUCAGGCAACACAAGAAGCUUUGUUUUUGUCCCUAAAGCAUUUCUUUUUUAAAGAAGUCUUAAAUCCCAUUAAAAACAAAACAUCUUCUUUGUUUUAAACAAAGAAAUUUUCCAUAGUUGAAGGUUUUGUUUUGUUCUGAAGCCUAGGAUGUUCUUUCAGCCUAUAAGCCCCUUGUUUUAUGCCUUUCUGAUUCCUGAUGUUUGGGUAUUUUGCGAGUGUGUGUGUGUGUGUGUUUUUUAAAGUGUGUGUGAUCAAAUGAAAAUAAAACAGGGACCGUGAA